AUGGCUGGGUUAAGCCUCACACAACUUGCUAAGAAGGCAAACGCAGAAAGGAUGGCAGCACGGCGAAGGGCAGAGGCCAUUCGAGCUGGAGUGCCUCCUACUACCGAAUCUCAACCCUCCCUACCUAUUAGCGAAUCUCAGCCCUCCUUGCCUGUUAUUGAGGAGGGAACAGCAGAAAAACGAAGUGCCGAGGCCGAGUUGGUUGUGCAGGCCGAUCACGAGGCUGAACAAAGGGUAGAGAAGCGCCCUGCCGAGGUUGUGGCCGGCUUAGAAGAUAACUGCGCCGACAAACGACCUCGCAUGGCUACGUCCAUUUCAUUACUGGCUGACAAGGCAGCUUUCCGGGCAGAGUCAGAUUUGGUUGCAAUAGCGUUGGCCGUGCAGUCGGCACUUUUGACCGUCAGAAGGAUAACGGAGAUGGGCCGUCGCCAUCAUGAUGCCAUCAAACAACUCGGUCAUCUUCAAACGGAAGUUGAGGGCCAAAGGAGCAGGGCUGAGUUUGAGGCUUUAAGGGCAAAGAUGGAAGGUGCGCGGGCUGAGGCCGAGAUGGAGAGGGCACGAAAUGCGGAUGAAUUGAGGUUAUCCGCCGAGAAAAAGGCAGACGCAAGUGAAGAGGCACUGAAAUUGGCCCAGGAGGCGGUCUCCAAACUAGAGGCUGAGUUGGAGGAAGUAAAGAAGGCGAAGGAAGCAGCCGACUCGGAGGCUUCUAAGGCAUUCGAGGCUGGGAAAAGUAAUGCCUUCGCCGAAUAUGAUAAAUACUUUCCUCAAUGUUUUCGGGAUCGGAAAGUUUUUGAAUUCCAAGAACUUAAACAAGGCAAGAUGUCCGUGGCUGAGUAUGAGGCCAAAUUUACUGAAUUUGCUCGAUUUGCUCCAUAUAGGGUGGAUACUGAUUACAAGAAGGCACAGAAAUUUGAAGGCAGACUGGAUUUGGAAGUGUUUGACUGA